UUUCGUUUAAGUGUUUAUAAAGUGUGAAUUUUAAAUUAAAAAUAAAUAAAUAACAGUGCGCCCCGCAGUCUAUUUUCCGUACGGUAUCGCGUGCGUUCGGUUGCGAAAAGUGGUGGAGCAUCGGGCAUCUCCGGCGGCGAUCGCCGAUAGGAAGGCGUCCAAUUCACCCCGCCCGCGCGCAACAGAGACAGAGAACGCUGCUGACAUGGCGACAACACGAAUGGAUUGAUGUUUUUCACGUGGAAAACUCAUCCCUUGAAUAUGUACAUGUAAAGAACUUUACUCCCUGCGCCCGUCACAACGAAAGCACUAACACUAUGAAACAAAUUAAAGAUGGCUACUAAGUAAACAUUAUUCAUUGUUAAAGAUUUGUUGUAUUGUUCAUGAAAUAAGAGAGAAUACUUAUGUAUACAUCAUUGAAAUAUUGUUGAUAGCUUCUAAGGCAGGACUGGUAUUUAUCAUAUCUUUGAAUAAAGAUAAAAAGUGUAAAAAUGGCUACGCAAAGAUUUUGUUUGAGGUGGAACAACCACCAGACCAAUAUGUUGUCAGUGUUUGAUCAGCUACUACACGCAGAAACGUUCACUGACGUAACUCUGGCCGUAGAAGGUCAAUUGCUUAAAGCACACAAAAUGGUUUUAUCGGCUUGUAGUCCCUACUUUCAAGCUCUCUUUGUUAAUCACCAAGAGAAACAUCCCAUUGUUAUUCUAAAGGAUGUUCCCUACUCUGAUAUGAAAAGCUUACUGGAUUUUAUGUACAGAGGAGAAGUCAGCGUUGACCAAGAACGUUUGACAGCAUUCCUUAAAGUUGCCGAGAGCUUAAGAAUAAAAGGACUAACGGAAGUGAACGAGGAAAAAUGCGAUAUACCUGCAUUAACGAACUCGUUAAUCCAACAACAACAGACUAACACAUCUGCACAUACUCCGCCGCCUCAAUUACACAGAAUACACCCAUAUGUGCAUCAAAAGAGGCCAGCAUCUGGUAUUCCUAGCGGAGGAGCACCCCCGAAUUUACUGAUGCCUUUAUUGGGCAAUGCUUUAAUGCAACCGAAGCGAAAACGAGGUCGACCCAGAAAGUUGAGCGGCAGCUCAAGUGACGCCCUAAACACAGCCGCCAGUCCACCUGGUGAAUUUAUUCCGGAAUCUGCAUCACAUGCGUCUUCAAAUAGAGCGGGUGAUCAAUUACUACGUGGUUCGCCAGAAAUGUUAGAGGUCAAAAUGUCAAUGGAUGGUUUCAACGCGGAAGAUGGGGCAACAUCGGGCGGCGAAGAUGGUGGAGAGGCGUUAAUGAUCGACGAAGGUGAUGAUGCUCAGUCGAACGAGGCUCCUACAUCUGGCAAAGAUUCAGAAUCAGCAGAUGUAGAAAAACAACCAAAAGAGGAAACUCAUCAUAGUUUUCCAUCGAAUGGUCCGGUUUUGUCUAUUGAAAAUGGAUCUAUCAAACAGGAGCCUACUUCUGAAACUACUGACGAAUAUAAUGAGCCGAUCGAAUACAAAUACAACCCAGACAGGAGCCGUGAAAAUUCUAACUCUCGGGAUGGUCCGGUAAAGGAUGCAGAUGACAAAACAAGACUAGGUCGUAAUUUAAAGCCAAAGAAUAGUAAAAAAUUACUACCCCAAAUGUCUAAAUUUAGAGCUCGAAGUCUAUUCAAUCAACUCUCCGGUUUGUCUAAUUUGAAUCCCGCUCUUAACAGCUUUGAUAAAUUCCCCCCUGAGACUGUUCUCAUGCCCGCACUUGCCACUCAAUUGUUCGCGGCUGAAUUAGAACAAAACAAUUUGAAUAUGGCCAACAACGAAGUUUCCGAUUUAGCGCAGACUAAUUGGGAGCAUCGCAUAUUUCCGUCGCCUAUUAGAAAAAAUAACAUAGGUAACGUCGGCAAUUACCACGAGGAAACUAACGAAUCUGUACGGGACUACUGUAUCAAGGAGGGCGAAAAUGUAUUCAGAUGCAAAAUAUGCGCACGAGUUUAUACUCACAUUAGCAAUUUCUGUCGACAUUAUGUCACCUCUCACAAAAAAGAUGUCAAAGUUUUUCCAUGUCCCAUUUGCUUUAAAGAAUUUACUCGAAAGGAUAAUAUGAUAGCCCAUCUAAAAAUCAUUCAUAAAAAUCAGCCAAAUGCCAACGAGCAGACGGCGAAGCAAGAGUCUUAAUUAUACAAAACGAGACGUUACAUACUAAAUAAAAUUAUUAUUUUAAAAGAUCUGAUUUAAUUUUUAAUUCAAUCAUAAGUAAAACUAGACUAUGGAUUCAUAAAUAGCGUUUAAAGUGUAGAUUGCAAUUGAAUAGGCGUUCGAGUUCUAAGUUUCACGAUAUAACAAUAAGUUUGUUGGUAUUUUAAGCGACAAAGGUCGUUUGUUGUUAUAUUAAUCUAUUUAUUUAUGUUGUUCCAUUUGUUUCUCAGAGUGCUGAACUUCAAAGAGAUUUAUGAAAAUUUCUAUAAUUUACUUGUUAUUUUGCACUCACUUGUUACUUAAUUUUAUUACUUACAAAAAUUUCAGGGUACAAAGUAACUACUCACGGUGAUCGUUAAUUCAAACGUAGUCUAUUCGAUUACACGCAAUUCUCAUUGAACUGAAUUAGUUAGUGUAGUUUAGAAGUUAUUUUUACGAGUAUACCAAUGGCGGAGCCUUUUUUAAACUUAAAAUUAGUAUAAAUUAUAUUUAUUAAGAUUCUGACUAUUUAAUAUUUCCUGAAGAGAGGCUAUGCUCUAAAAAAGGUUAACUAAGGCCAUUUUCAGUAGUGGUGUGAAAUGCAUUUUCAUUUAACUUGCCUUAUUAGUGAUCUUAGUUUUAUAAUUUACGAUAAAACUUCUCCGAAGUAAAACUCAACACGGGCUAUGAUUUUAAUUUGUAGAUUUUGUUAAGGUUAAUUUAAAAUAGUUUAUCGAUGUUGAAAUGUUUGGUUGUAAACGUUAUUCUAUUCAUAAUAGACCAUAAUACACGAUGGCCGAAGAAGAUAGAAUAGCUUACGAUAAUCUCAUUGAGACAAACGUAGUGUAGGUUCAGUUCCAUAAAAUGUACGCGGCUUCAUCAGUAGUAAAAGAGUUCACUACUAUUUUCCAUUUUUCUUCUUUUGUUAUCGAGAUGCAUGUAUAUUUAUACACUUUACAUACAUAUAUCUAUAGGUCAAUUAUGUACCUUCUGUAAACAAGUAUCUGUCAAAGACAAUAUUUUAAUAUAAUCGUAGGGGGAAACAUAUAUUAUCGAUAUAAAGAGGGACGUUAUAUGUAACAAUCAAAUUCAAACAAAUCUCCUACCAAUUUCAUGUUAUAGCAGAUUUAUUAAUAACUUGUAUGAAAGUUAAAAUAUUAUCGUUUAGUUUUGUAAAUAAUACUUAAACGACGAAAAGUUUGUUGUAAAAAGUGAUUUUAGCAAGGUGCUUUGAGAAAAGUUUAAAAAUAUUGGAACCAUGAGAUGAUUUGUAAACUCUAUUUUAGUAGAAAUCAAAAUGCCUUAAAUAUAUAUUAGGGAAUCGUACUUAUUAAAUUAUUUAGUUAAAUUUAGAGGCAAAGUAGUCUUCCAUAUAAUGAUAGCGACACAUUCUCGGUUCAGUUGUUGAAUAAAAAAUUACAAAAACAAACAUUCGGAUAUAUUGUCAAAAACAUUAGUCUCUUAGCCAAGUUUACACUUAUACAUGUUUCAGGGCGAUUGUUUGAGAGAAAACAAAAGAGUGCGGACGACCGAGAGUCGUAAUGUCGACUACCGAUGACGACAAGUGUAGACAAAGCAUGAAACUUUAACUUUACGUUGUCGACCCAAAAAAAACCGUUUCCAAUUUAAUAAGUAGUAGGUCCAGGGAACGCUUGCCUAUUAGUGUGCCUUUACUUGUAUAUUAAUAAGUUAAAUCGACUACUAGGUGACUAAGAAAUUUCAAAGAAUAUUAUGUAUAAUUAUUUAUUUUCAUUAUUCAAAGUUUACAAUCUACUUUAAGAAGCUUCCUUAGGAUUAUAGAAACCUCUAGGCCCAAGUAGUUAAAUACGAUGUUUAUAGUUAAAUUUAGGGAUAUCAUCUCAUGUUUCCCACUUUAUAUGAAAAUCGGAACAACUCGUAAAUAUAAAAAAAAUCAUAAUAUUAAAAAAAAAUCGAGGCGAUUACUUCGCCUAGUUAAAAAUGUUAAGACUGUUGAAUUCAUAUAAACGAAUUUAUUGUACCUUUCAUAAUCUUUAUAUGAAAAAUUUAUCUUUGAACAUGGAUAGGUACUUAAAGGGAAAUUUAGAUAUAUUAAAAGGUGAGGCUAUUAUUGGAUGUUUCGAAAUACUUAAAGAUAGUCAAUUUAGCCAGUGCCUAAACUUAAAACGUGUAAAAUCGAACUCCUUUAAAAAAUUUCCUUAAUUAAAACCAGGUAACAUUCUCCUUUCAGAGUUCCUUCAUUUAAUUCUAUACAAAUAAAGUAUAAAUUCUAUUGUAUUUGUUAUAAACAAUUAUGAAAUGUAUAUUUAUGUUAACGAGAAAUAUCUUAUUUAGAAUAUCUUAUUUCUAUAUCGAUGGAACAUUAUUUAAUUAAAGCUAUAUCAUCAAUUGGUGCUAAAUUAAACUUAAGGCGACGUCACAUGUGAUGUGACAUUAAAAAAUGUCCCCUAAAGUGUAUGUUGUUUGUUAAUAUUGUUGUUUUAAAAAACAUCUUGUGUUGCCCUUAUUAUUUUAUCUUAAAAAAAAAAAAAACAAUUUGUUUUCAUUGGGGCUUCAGAAAAUGUGCAGCUAUCGACAUUUUAUAUGUAUACAUGAGAAUUUUACGAGCAGAUGCUAUAUAU